AUGGAAAAUUUAAACUACAAUUAUGAAUUUGAGGAUCUUUAUGAAACAGAAGAAUAGUCAAAUCCUAAACCUAUGAUGAUGUGCUUCGAAUUUGUUACAAGUAACAAUAAUAAAGUUCAAGAAGUUAAAUAAGAAUUUAUCAUUGACUAAAAUACUUCGAUGUUCCGUCCAGCUACUAGAGAUGAAUCAAGAUUACUAAUCACAAAUAAUGAAUUAAGCAGAGACCAAAACAAUUUGUCCGAGUUGGAAUAAAACCUAAGCAAUUAAAGUUAAGUUGAUGAAGUAGAAUAGAUAAGAUAAAUGGCAUUGAACAUUAGAGAGGUCCAUAUUCCUAUUGAUAUGCAUGAGAACAUUUUAGAAUUAAUGUAUCACCCAGAUGAAAUAAAUAAUAUGAGUAAUACCGAUGAUUAUGGAGAAGCUUCCCAUAUUUGGCCUGAUUUUAUAGAGGAAGAUAAAAUUGAAGAGAUUAAAUAAGUCCUAUUUGAUAAAUGA